CGAAUGAACCCUAGCCGCCGCUGCACAGCUAAUCUGUGAGCCUCGUCUACUGAUAGUCCUGUCCUGUUUCACUCUCGCCAGCCAAAGACGACCACGCCCUCCGUGCUCCAGCCAUUCCCCAUGAUUUCGCCGACGAAUCUCCUCCCGGCGCGGAAGAUCACCCCUGUCUCAAAUGGCGGCGCAGCGACGGCGAGCCCCUCUUCUCCCUCGGUGGCCGCACGGCCACGGCGACUCCCUUCAGGCCUCCAAUCUGUGACUGGUAGAGGGAAGGUUUCCUUGGCAGCCAUCACUCUAGAUGAUUACCUUCCAAUGCGAAGCACUGAAGUGAAGAACCGGACAUCAACAGAUGACAUCACAAGGCUGAGACUAAUCACAGCAGUUAAAACCCCCUAUUUGCCAGAUGGGAGGUUCGAUCUGGAAGCAUAUGAUUCUCUCAUAAACAUGCAGAUAGAGGGUGGUGCCGAAGGCGUAAUAGUUGGAGGAACAACAGGAGAGGGUCACCUCAUGAGCUGGGACGAACAUAUCAUGCUCAUUGGGCACACAGUGAACUGCUUUGGCUCUAGAAUCAAAGUGAUAGGCAACACAGGAAGCAACUCAACCAGAGAAGCCGUCCACGCAACAGAACAGGGAUUUGCUGUUGGCAUGCAUGCGGCUCUCCACAUCAAUCCUUACUACGGGAAGACCUCAGCUGAAGGAAUGAUCUCUCAUUUCGAGGCUGUCCUCCCGAUGGGUCCGACCAUCAUCUACAACGUGCCAUCCAGGAGCGCCCAGGACAUCCCCCCUGAAGUUAUUCUAGCGAUUUCUGGCUACACAAACAUGGCGGGUGUCAAGGAAUGUGUUGGGCACGAGAGGGUUAAGCACUACGCUGACAAAGGCAUAACAAUUUGGAGCGGUAACGACGACGAGUGCCACGAUUCUAAGUGGAAACAUGGCGCUACUGGGGUCAUUUCCGUUACCAGCAACCUUGUUCCCGGGCUCAUGCACAGCCUCAUGUACAAAGGCGAGAACGCCACGCUGAACGAGAAGCUGUCGCCCCUGAUGAAAUGGCUGUUCUGCCAGCCAAAUCCUAUUGCCCUCAACACUGCUCUGGCUCAGCUCGGCGUGGCAAGGCCUGUCUUCAGACUGCCGUACGUUCCGCUCCCUCUUGAAAAGAGGGCCGAGUUCGUCCGGAUUGUUGAGUCAAUUGGACGGGAAAAUUUCGUGGGGCAGAAGGAGGCCCAGGUUCUAGAUGAUGACGAUUUCGUGUUGAUCAGUAGGUACUAGGAAAAUGAGUUUGCCAGUCUAUGUAUCUUGGCGAAUAAACUAGUAGUUUGUACCUUGCGUUCAGACUUCGUUCUGUUGUUCAUCAGUCGUUGGGUUCGUCUAUCUAUUUAUUAAUUGCCCUACUUUGGCCGCAUUGUAUAAUGUAUAUGUAUCGCGUUUAUAGUUUUUUACGUGAAUUGACCUAGGUACAAGGAAAAAAUGAUCACUUUUUUUGGCUAUCCCUGAUGCAUGACAGAACAUGGUGACAAUUAUAUAUAAAAAAGAGUGUAGAAGUUUAGC